UACAGCAGUUGCACGCGAGCAUUGCUGCGAUACGGUAGCGUCCUGGAACAGUCCUUCCGAGUUCGCCGGAUUUCAUGUGAAGUGUUUGUCUUUACCAAAAAAAAAAGAAAAGGUUCCCCUCUAUGUCAUGGUUCGGUGAUUGUUCUGAACGAACACAUUAAAUAACCAGUCAUUUGAUUUGGGUAGUCAUUCCUGAUAACCGUGUGCCGGAAUUUGAAUAUUACGUCUAGUCGGGCGAUGAUUUGAAGAUCGCGGUAGCCAAAAGAGCGCGCAAAAUUACCCGUGUGAUAUGUGUUGAUUACGUUCUCAGCUAUGUAGGCCUGAUUUGAACCGCAAAGAAGAGUGCAAUCAUAUCAUCAUCAUCUGAUGUCUGAUUGCUUUUACCCUAAUCGAAUUAAAGGAGUAGUUUACUGUGCAAAAUUACAACUGAGACACUACUGAUUGAACCGGACCAGAAGAAGUUGGCUCAAGACCAACCACUGUGAAGAUUCCAGUUAUUCAAUUAUUUGUCCUGCUCUCAGUUGGGGGACAGUACUACUAACCUGAUCAUAAAGUUAAUAGAGUGCAUAUAAAAGUGAACUACGGAGCGUGUCCUUGGAGAAAAAAGCAAGUGUUAAAAGGAUAGCGUAGAAGAGUUAUUAAAACCUCGCAAGAGAGGUAGUGCAAGCAGCGAGCAAUAGUACGCUAUAAAGUGUGAUUAGCUUCAAGGUCUUGUAUCCCAGACACAAUCUAUCAUCAUCAUCAAACGGGACCACACUGCUCUAGCUGUGCAAUCGGUAAUUGAAAAGGAUAAAAGUUAUAUUGAAUUUCAUCUUGUGUGACAGUGCGCGAUAUUCCCCUCGAGCGUGAACGGAGCCGAAGAGAUUGGACUCUUGAGGUUUAAUCGUGAAUCUUUUGGAGAAAGAUUAUUCGAAUGAAUUGACAAUAUCCAACGCCUCGCUUUCGUCGCUAUCCCCAUUCGGAUUCGGCGCGGCUCAAGAUGAACAACAGCACCAAGAUGCAGAUACGGGAGAACUUCACGAUGGACGGAAACACCCGGACAUAUAGCGAAAAUCGGGGCUACUUCAUCACUCGGAUGACACUGCUGACAACAGUGGCUAUAUUCAGUUGCCUGCUGGUGGGCACAGGACUGCUCAUAUAUCAUUUUGCCGGUUGUCAGGAAUUACCAGUCCACGCCAGCAUAUGCGAUCAUCGUUACCACUUCGUGUCCAAUCUUUCCUCCCGGGCACAUCUCGAGCACGAGACAACCCCUCCGCUGGUGGAAGACGCUAGCACAGCGCCGGCGACAACCGCAACGAGCAUAUCUUCCAGCAGGAUCUCUUCGACUUCUACCAGCGCGUCAGCGGAAAUCGGCACUCAUCAGCCGGGCUCAUCGGAAACCCAUCCGCCCGAAGAAGAUGACGUCCGACUGCCAAGAUCGAUCGAACCGAUUGCGUACAACAUUCGUCUGAUACCGUUUAUAGUGGAAGACAAUUUCACAUUCGCCGGCACGGUUGACAUCGAGGUGCGAGUUACGGCGGACUGUGAUAACAUAACACUGCAUGCGGUAGCCCUGCAAAUACACGAGGCACAUGUCCGGCGGCAAGAGCCUGGCGCUAGCGACGAUGAUGAAGAUGCUGCCCCCGGCGGUGACGAUGGUGGCGGUGGUCGCAACAAGCGGCAUCUGAGCGAAGCAACAGGCAGCAAUAAUGAUAAUCGACAGGAGCACAACGAAGUGGACAAUGGCACUGAUGGAGCCACUAGUAGUGACAAUGCAUCAGGGCGCAUCGUUGAAAUAGACCGGCAGUUUGUCGUGGAAAGUAAACAGUUUUAUGUGCUUAUGUUUAAACGGAAAUUGCUUGCCGGCGAGCGGUACGUGGUGAGGAUUAAGUACGAUGGGGUGCUCAACGAUUACCUACAAGGAUUCUAUCGGAGCUCGUACACAGUGCGGAAUGAAACACGAUGGCUGGCCACGACACAGUUUCAACCGACGGAUGCUCGUCGAGCGUUCCCUUGCUUCGACGAACCAGCCCUAAAGGCACGGUUCAGCAUCAGUCUCGCCCGUCCGAAAAGUAUGGUUUCGUUGUCCAACAUGCCAAAGCUGAAGUCGUACAAUGCACCAGAGCCCGGACUGGAAGACUACGUGUGGGACAUCUAUCAGCAAUCGGUUCCCAUGUCCACGUAUCUGGUAGCGUUUGUGGUAUGCGAUUUCGUUAGUUUGAAGUCCAACAAUUUCGCCGUAUGGGCACGGUCCGACGCCAUCUCAUCGGCUCGGUAUGCAUUGGACGUAGGGCCGAAGAUUCUGAAGUACUUGGAGCAAUUUUUCGAUAUUAAAUACCCACUUCCCAAGAUGGACAUGAUAGCGUUGCCAGAUUUCAGUGCUGGCGCUAUGGAGAACUGGGGUUUGAUAACCUACCGGGAAACGGCAAUGUUGUACGAGGAAAACGUGUCCGCCAACAGUAACAAGCAACGUGUGGUGACCGUUGUAGCUCAUGAGCUGGCUCAUCAGUGGUUUGGAAAUCUGGUGACACCGACCUGGUGGACAGAUUUGUGGCUCAACGAAGGUUUCGCCAGCUACAUGGAGUAUCUAGGAGUGGAUGCAGUGGAACCUGCUUGGAAAUCUAUGGAGCAAUUCGUAGUCAACGAGUUACACAAUGUGUUUUCACUGGAUGCCCUGUCAUCGUCGCAUCAAAUAUCCGUCCAAGUGCACAAUCCAGAGGAAAUCAAUGAAAUUUUCGAUAAGAUAUCAUACGGCAAAGGAGCGGCAAUAAUUCGAAUGAUGGAUCAUUUUCUUACAAGUGAUGUGUUUCGAAAGGGAUUGACACACUAUCUGAAUGAGAAGAAAUACUUGAGUGCCGACCAGGACGAUUUAUGGACUUUCCUUACCGCUGAAGCCAGAAACCAGGACGUGUUCGAUGAUUCGAUGUCCGUGAAAGAGAUCAUGGAUACUUGGACAUUGCUAACGGGAUUUCCCGUAGUAUCCGUCACGCGAGAUUACGACAGUAAGAGCAUUGAGUUCACACAGGAGCGAUUCAUGUUCAUAGAACCCAGUAACGAUACAUCUGCGAAGAAAGGUGAAGAUCAUCCACUGUGGUGGAUUCCAAUUACAUUUACCACAUUCGGAGAGAGUAACUUCAACAGCACCAAGCCGUACAUAUGGAUGAAGGCAGAGGAUAAGCUAGUGUUGCAAGAAACGGAUAUACCGAACCAUGACUGGAUGGUUGUCAAUAUUCAGCAAACUGGAUACUACCGUGUAAACUACGAUCAGCGGAACUGGGCCAUGAUUGUUGGCCAUUUGAUGGAUAAGCGAAAGCACACCACAAUUGCACCUUCCAACCGAGCGCAGCUCAUCGAUGACGCUCUUAAUUUGGCUCGCGGAGGAUACUUAAAUUACAGUAUUGCACUGAACGUUACCCGUUACUUGGUCCAUGAAACCGAGUAUGUCCCAUGGAAGGCUGCCAUUGGAGCGCUUAACUUCAUCGAUUCGAUGCUGAUCAAAACCAGUAGCUAUGAUAAGUUUAAGAAAUACUCAUUGCACUUGCUAAAACCAAUCUACGCCAAAGUUGGGUUUGAAGAUCCGAAGGACAGCCCAUUAUUGACAGUUUACAAACGAGUGGAUGUACUUACUGCAGCCUGCCAUCUUGGCUACAGAGAUUGUGUCAGUAAAUGUGUUCAAAAGUUUUACGAAUGGAUGCACGAACCCCAUCCCGACAUCAAUAAUCCCGUUUCUCCUAAUUUGAAGAACAUCGUCUACUGUACUGCCAUCAAGUACGGUGAUCAAGCCGAGUGGGACUUUGCUUGGGAACGGUUCCAAAAGACAACGAUUGCCAGUGAGAAGGAAACGCUUCUGUCCGCUUUGGGAUGCUCGAGAGAAACGUGGAUCCUGACACGCUUCCUAGAAUAUUCGAUGACCGACGAGUAUGGCAUUCGCAAGCAGGACGUUUUUCGUGUGUUCAUAGCAGUGUCGAACAAUGUGAUCGGCCAGCCAAUUGCCUUUAGCUAUAUUCGAAACAACUGGAAGAAGAUGAAAGAAUACUUGGGAACAUCUAUGUCCAAUUUGAAUAUGAUCUUGAAAUACUCAACCAAACGCUUGAACGUUCAACAUGAGCUUGAUGAGCUUAAGGAAUUUGCUCAAACCCACGUGAAAGAUACGGGUCGGACAAUUCAGCAAGCCAUUGAACGUGCCCAGGCCAAUAUCUUAUGGAUGGACAUGAACGCCGAUACCAUCGUUCAAUGGCUGAAUGAUGUGGAGUAUGAUCCCGACGAAGAAAUGUAGUUUCACGAAACGUACCAAAGCCAAUUGAUGGCAACCGUUUUCAAAAACUGUAAUUUGUGCUGUUCAUGUUGAACGAGAUGAGAGAGAUCACUUAUGUGUGCCAAAAGCGAUCCGUGUUUAGUUGAUGUGUUCUUCUACAUAAAUGCUACAUCAACUGUGGUAAAUACCUAAUCACCUUCCAUCAGAUUUAUCAUAAGUGUAUGUCAUCGAAAGGAAGACUGUAUAUUAGUUAUCAAAUUUAACGUGAGCAACCCAGUGGGAAGGACAUGUUUUUUUUACUUAGGUAACUGAAGAUAUUGAUUUAGUUUUUAAUGAUAAAUUAGAACUGAUCGUUCGAGUUUCAUACAUUCAUAAGAAAAUCCAAAUUUCAAAACCAAUGAGCCGUUGUAAGUUAAGGUAUGUGUAAUUUUUCCGUACAUUAAAUAAUUUAAUUGUACUUAAGUGGCUUUAAUAAAAUUGAACAUAUUUUUUAUUCCAA